AUGGCGCGUGUAUUUGUCGGGAAUUUACCCGAAGAUGUCCAUGAACGUGAUCUCUCGGAUAAGUUUGACCGUUAUGGUCGUAUUACAUGUGUUCGCAUUAAGAUUCCAACCCGUCCUCCACCUUUUGCUUUCAUUACAUACGAAAAUGAACAAGAUGCUAGUGACGCAGUGCGAGCAAUGAACAAUGCUUUAUUCGGUGGUAGUCGCCUCCGUGUCGAAAUGUCUCGAGGUGCUGAUACGGCUCGACCUCGUGGGACUCAAUAUCGUGUCAAAAUUUCAAAUUUACCCGAUACCAUCAGUUGGCAAGAUCUCAAGGAUUUUCUACGGGAAGGAGGAGAUGUCGUGCAUAGUGAUGUCGAUCGUCGUGGUAAUGGCACGGCUUCUUUUGCUACACAGGAGGAAAUGCGUCGUGCGAUUCGAAAAUUAGAUGGCAUGGAUUUGGAUGGCAAUCGUGUUCGGAUUCGAGAAGCUGAGACUGGAAGACGUUCCAUCUCGUCGUCACACUCGCGCUCGAAAUCUCCUCUUCGUCGACCGAAUCGUCGCCACUCGCCAUCUCGCUCACGUUCGAGGUCGCCACGUCGUCACAAUAGUAGUCGAAACAGUAGACGUGAUCGCGAUCGUUCCCGUUCCCGUUCCCGUUAA